AUGAAUAUUAUUAGACCUGACAUUCUAAAUAAUUAUUUACGUCAUGUUGAAGUUAACAGUUAUUUGGAUUAUUUAGGAAAUCGUUAUAAAUCAUUUGUAAGCGUUUAUACAAUUGGUAAAUCAUAUGAAGGGCGAAUAAUAAAAGCAAUUAAAAAGAAUCUAAUAGAAUCAGGACCGAUUUCACGAAAACAACAAUCAAAAAGUGCCAAUAUAAUUAAAUCACAAUCAUCACAAUCACAAUUAAAUAAUAGAAAAUUUAUAAAAUCUUCAACUCUUAAUAAUACUGGUAAUAGUAGUAGUAAUGUUAGUAGCAGUAAAUCUGCUAGAAAUCCAUCAACAAAAUCUUUAACAAUAUCUUUAACAACAAAUUCUAGUUCAACUAAUGAUGACGAUAAUUUAAAAUUACCAAAACGAAAAUGGAUUGUUAUUGAAGGUGGUACACAUGCCAGAGAAUGGACAUCAAUUACUGUCGCCCUAUAUUGUAUUUAUCAAUUAACUGAGAAAUUUUGUCGUAAUAUUGAAAUAUUACAAAAAGUAAAAUUUUUAAUUAUACCAUUAGUUAAUAGUGAUGGUUAUGAAUAUUCACGUUUAAAAAAUCGUAGAUGGCGUAAAAAUCGUAAACCAAAUUCUAUAACACGUUCAAUUGGUACAGAUUGUAAUCGUAAUUAUGAUAUACAUUGGGAGAAUGGUACAAAACAAACAUUUAAAUGUACAUAUCGUGGUGAUACACCAUUUUCAGAACCAGAAACACGUGCAAUUAAACAUGUAUUAGAACGUUUAGGUUCUAAUUUAAUAUUUUAUUUGUCAUUGCAUUCGUGUGCACAAGCAAUUAUGUAUCCAUGGGGUUAUACAAGGGAAUUACCAGAAACAUGGUCUAAAUUACAUAAUCUUGCUGAAUAUGGUAAAAAAGCGAUACAAUAUGCUACUGGAAGAAAAUAUCGUUGUGGUAGUAUAUCACAAGUAACAAAUCGUACAUAUUCUGGAUCAAUUGCUGAUUAUGCUUUUGGUAUACAAAAAGUUCCAUAUGCAAUUGUUAUGGAAUUACCAUCGAAAAAAUUAGGUUUUCAGCCGCCACAAGAUAAAUUACAAAAAUUAAGUGAAGAAAGUUGGAUUGGUAUAAAAGCAAUGUGCCAACAACUCUUGCAAAAAUACUCCACCGGUGAUAAUUACGUACAAAGAUGUAGUGGAAAUGGAUGUUUGGAUAUGUGUAUAUGUAUAAAAAGAAAUGAUGAUAUUGUACUUGUUGCUGGUUUUGUAGAAGACACUGACACUGAUAUUAUCAAUUAUAUAAACUUAAUUAAGAAAAAUACAAAUACUUCUGCAGAUAAAUGUCAAAAUUUCACUUUGUUUGCUUGCAAUGAUAUGAUUAAGGAACAUAAAACAAAUCCUGAAGCUUGGUCAUCAUUAGUUGAAUAUUUUUUAGCAAAUUAUAAGCCAGUAAGUGAUGCUGAAAAGAAAAUUCAUCAAUUAUAUUUAAUUGUAAAUGAAUUUGAACGGAAACAAGAUCAAAAUAUUGAAAUAUUUGAUUUAAAUACACUUAAGAAAAUGCUUAAUAUAAUUGAUUCUACAGAUCCAGAGACACUAUUAAAUUAUAUAAUUGGAAAAAUGAUAUUAGCAAUAGAUAGAGUUUCUAUGAAAUACAUGAAUCGUGAUAAUGAUAAAAUUUUACAAACUAUUGUUAUUUAUGAGAAUACCAUUGAAUGGGAUGUUAAAGAUAAACCAUUAGUUUAUUUUAAUACAGUUUUAAUGCAUCAUUAG